GAGACCUCACUCGCCACCGCUCUGGGCCCUCGUCUCGAUGCCCCCCUCGGUCCCGGAGUGGCCUCUACAUGGGCCGCGGGGGCAGCGGAGGCGCUGUCGGCUGCGGAGGGAGAUCCAAAGACCAUCAUGGACCUCCUAAAACCCAGUUGCUUUAAACUGCUGGCUCUGCUGCCCUUCGCUCUGUGUGGGAUCCAUCAAACCUAUGCCGGUGAUUGUAAGGGACGCCGCGAGGUGCUACGCAGCGCUUCUGGCUACGUGACAGAUGGCCCUGGCAACUACUCGGUCAACGGGAACUGUGAAUGGCUGGUGGAGGCUCCUAGUAGCAGCUACCGCAUCCUCUUGACUUUCAUGUUUAUGGACACCGAAUGCACAUAUGACUACCUCUUCAUUUAUGAUGGAGAUUCUCCCAGCAGCCCUUUGCUGGCCAGCCUGAGUGGCAGCACUUUGCCCCCUACCAUCGAGGCCACCUCAGGCAAGAUGCUGUUACACCUCUUCAGUGACGCCAACUACAACCUGCUGGGCUUCAAUGCAACUUACUCUGUCUCGCUGUGUCCCAUGGGCUGCUUGGGGCAUGGCAUUUGCGAUAACGACGGGCACUGUGCCUGCUUCCAAGGCUGGGGUGGCAAGGACUGCUCGAUGCCCGACUGCACCACCUAUUGCCAGUAUCACGGCACCUGCAACCAGGUGUCAAAGCAUUGCCAGUGCGAACCAGGAUUUGUGGGCCAGGCCUGUGAUUUAGCCUUGAGCGACAACCAAGGCGCUGGAAAAUGGUACAACGUCAGCAUCCAAGAUUCCAGUUUCUGGCCCCGUACAGCAGCUGCUGGUGCUUUCCUACCUUCUACUGGAGGACUGUACAUUUUUGGAGGCUUGGACCUAAAUACCGCUUUGGGAGACCUUGUCUUCUAUAACUUCACCACCAACACUUGGCAUCAGAGGGUGCUCAGCCCUUCCCCAACUGCUCGUCACUCCCACACAGCUGUAGCCUGGGAGGGCUCCCUCAUUCUGUUUGGUGGAGAGCUGGCCUCUGGGUUUCUGGCCAACGAUGUCUGGAUGUACCUGCCCCGGGAGGGCUAUUGGCAAGAGCUAGUGCCCCUCAACACAACAAUUCCUCCUGAGUUGGCCGGCCACGCAUCUGCGGUGGUCGAUGAAUGGCUGUAUGUAUUUGGAGGGCGCACCGGUGUGGAUGUCUUCUCCUCCCACAUGUACCGCUUCCACCUGAAACGAUGGACCUGGGAGUUGGUGAUUCCUUCAGGAGGGAAGGCGCCUGCUGCAGCCGGUCAUUCCAUGGUCUUCCACCCUGCCUCCCGUACUCUCUUGGUUUAUGGUGGGCACCGGCCCUCCACCGCUCGGUUCAGCGUGCGGGUGAACACCACUGACCUCUUCCACGUGGACCUGCGGUAUUGGAGUACGUUGCGGGCCAAGGAUUCACACCGGGGUCCUCGAGAAAGGGCCUUCCACUCCGCCACCGUCAUCGGCAAUUACAUGGUGGUGUAUGGGGGCAACGUUCACAUCCAUUACCACGAAGAGAAAUGUUACGAGGACGAAAUCUUUUUCUACCACUUGGGCUGCCACCAAUGGGUCUCUAGUCACGAACUGGCCCCUCUCAUCACUCAAGAGCACGAACCAAAGACUUCGGCCCAGGCGCGUGGCCGGUAUUCCCACGUGGCCACCGUGAUGAAUGGCAAUGUGCUCCUUGUGGCGGGAGGCUACAGUGGGGUGCCACGGGGUGAUCUGCUGGCUUACAAAGUGCCCACGUUCGUCUUUCAGGUGCCAUCUCAAAUGUACCAUCUGGAUUACUGCUCUAUUUACACAGAAAAAAGCACGUGUGCCAAGGACCCAGAAUGUGCCUGGUGUUCCCGGGGAUGCCAGAGCACCCAGCCCCGCAACCUGUGCCCCAACAGUGGCUGCCUGGGCCUGGCCCGCCUCUUAGUCGACUGCCAAUCAUGCCUCGCCUUUGGUGACAUCAACGGUUCUCUGCCCCGAGCUUCCGGACCCUUUGGCUGGUGUGUGCAAAACGAGACUUGCAUGCCCAUCUCAGAACAAGGCAGAUGCCAAGUGGGGAAGAUUUCAGGAACUUACGGCUGGUGGGGCCCCCAGUCCUUCUUUAUCACCUCCCUGGUCCAAUGUCAGCGGGAAGAUUUCUUGCCGGGCCUCCAUCUGAUUACCUACCAGCAGCCGCGCAAUGACUCCCAGCCGGACAAGGUCUCCAUCGUCCGAAGCACUACGAUCACCCUGAAUCCCAGCACAGAGAUGGACGUCUCACUAGUCUACAAGGGAUUCAUUCACCCCCUGGUGAGCAGCUCUGGACCUGCGGAAGACAUCUCCAUUUGGGCACGCAUCCAGCGCCUCUUCGUGGUGGCUAAAUUAGGCCGAGCCCCAGGCGCAUCGGAGCUGGAGAAGGUGGGCAGCUGGGCAGUGCAACAGGAAAAAGAGAAACGGUUACUUCAGCGUCCUGGGGCUGAACGCCUUUUUCCCAGCACGGAGAGAGGGAAUAAGUACGCGGUGCUGGUCGAAGGCCACCUCAAUAACUCUGGCAACGGACAAACCAGCGAAUUGACCCUCACCUGGGAUCGCACAGGUGUGCCAGGAGGCAGCGAAAUCUCCUAUUUUUUUCUGGAGCCCUAUCGGUCUGAGCUGUGCACCACUUACCAUUCGUGUCUCGCUUGCCUGGCCGAUCAGGGCUGUGGGUGGUGCCCGCUCAGCUCCACCUGCCAUCGGCGGCUGGCCUAUCAGGACGAUGUGGGCGGCUGCGGUCCCAGCACCGUGCGCCUUAUCCUGGUGCCCGGCAACUGCAUCUUGUGUGAAGACUACCGCGACUGCCACACCUGUAGCAAGGAUCCGUUCUGCGAAUGGCAAGUCAAUAGCAGUAAAAAAGGAGAUUUUCUUUGCAGUCGCCGAGGGCGUCUUAACACGGCCAUCCGCUCGCCCAAGGAAUGUCCCAAACUCUGCAAUCAGCGUACCACGUGUACUGAAUGCCUCUCCAAUUCCAGCCAAUGCGCCUGGUGCCAGUCCACCCGGAACUGCUUCUACUUUGCGGCCUACCUGGCUAAAUACCCCUACGGGGAUUGCCGUGGAUGGUAUGACAGUGUUCACUCUGUGCCCCAAUGCCUGGACUGCACCCGGUUCAACACCUGUCGUGAAUGUUUGCAAAACUUUGAAUGCGGCUGGUGUGGCAACUCCGACAACCCUACCUUGGGCAGGUGCCUCGCGGGAGAUUUCUCGGGCCUCAGCACCUUCUGGAACUGCUCAAUGGCCCUGUGGGAAUCCCACGGGCUGCCUCCCUCCCACCCUGCUCAGUGGUCGUACGGGCAGUGUCCCGACGUGGACGAAUGCCGCCUGGGCUUGGCCAACUGCCAUCCCUUUGCCCGCUGCAAGAACACGCCGGAUUCCUUUCAGUGUCACUGCAACCGAGGUUACGCAGGGGACGGGGUGGCCUUCUGCAACCAAACGUGCUACGAUGAGUGCGCUCACGGAGAAUGCAGCGGGGCCCCCAACUUCACCUGUUUGUGCGAUUUAGGCUGGACCACGGAACUCAUCACGGGGGCCACCCCUCCCCCCAGCGGUGUGCAGUGCAACCUGGAUUGCGGGUGCCACUUCCACAGCACCUGCAACGUCAAGGGCCCCGGUUUUUGUGACGAAUGCCAGAACUGGACUCACGGGGAACGCUGCCAUCUUUGCCGGCCAGGCAGCUACGGGAAUGCCACCACGCAGAGCGGCUGCCGUCAAUGCGCCUGCCACGGGCACGGCCUGGAGGAGAUGGGCUAUUGCCACAGCACCAUGGGAGCCUGUUACUGCACCCCACCCACCGAAGGGCUGCACUGUGAGCGUUGUGCCCCCGGCUACUCGGGAGACCCCAGGAACGGUGGCAUUUGCUAUCAGGAAUGCGUGGGGCGCACUUUGCUCCUCAACCUCUCUUCCUCUUCCUCCCUGAGCUCACAGCGGGCUGGGGGACCCCUCUUCAACGGCCUCUCCUACUGUGUCUGGGUCUUGUCAACUGGGGCGGACAUCCAACCUUGCCGGCCCGAACAAAGCUGCCCAACCAUCACACUGACUAUUCAGCCAGACACCCUUUGUAUGCACAACUAUAUCUAUGUUUUUGACGGAGUCCCCGACUUCCUGGACACUGGACUGAUCCAGCUGGAUCGGACUCUCAUCGGGGCGUUCUGUGGCCAGGACCAUUCCCAACCCGUUACGGUCGAAGCUGUAUCAGGCCUCCUGGUCAUCUACUACGAAGCCAACUCUAGCGAGGCCUCAGGCUUCAACGCAACCUACCUGGUGCACCGUUGCCGGCCCAGCUGCCACCUCAACCAGGAAUGCCAGGAGGGCCACUGUGUUUGCAAAGCUGGCUACACCGGGCCCAGCUGCAAGUUCCAGAUCUGUCCCGGCAAUUGUAGUGCUCACGCUGGGCAAGGACUUUGCAACAGGAGGCUGGGCCUAUGUAUCUGCAGCCAUCGCUUUGCAGGGGCGGACUGCACCAUUCCACUGGAGGCUGACAAGAUCAUUUGGGAAACGUUAAUUGACACCCAGUUGACGGCUGACACAGCCAGCCGCUUCCUUCACCGUUUGGGCCACACCAUGGUGGAAGGGCCAGACUCCACACUCUGGAUGUUUGGGGGCAUGUCGCUGCGCGAAGGAAUGCUGGGUAACGUUUACAGGUACUCCAUCGCCGAACGUCGCUGGACUCAGAUGCUGGCAGGAACAGAGGACCGAGGGCCGGGCCCCAACCCCCGCUACUUCCACGCCGCUGCCUACAUAUCGCCAGGCAAAGCCAUGUACGUCCUCGGCGGGCUGACUGCGGAUGGAGUGGCCAGCGAUUUCUGGCUGCUCAACCUCACCACUUUGCAGUGGAGGCUUUUGCCGGAUCCUCUGAUCCCAGCCGUAGCUGGUCACACCAUCACGGCGCGGCGUGGCUCAUCCUUGCUUCUGAUCGGUGGCUACUCUCCCGAGAACGGCUUCAACAAGAAACUCCUGGAAUAUAAUGUGGCGUCGGAGAGCUGGCACGCCGGGAACCAGGCAGGAACACCUCCGACAGGUCUCUACGGCCACUCGGCUGUGUACCACGAGAGCACAGAUGCUGUUUACGUCUUUGGCGGCCACCGUUUCCACGUAGAGAUGGUUUCAGCUUCUCCUGAGCUCUACAGCCUUUACUAUCCCAACCUGACCUGGAGUUUGCUGGCCCCAUCUCAAGGACCAAAGCCCCUGGCUCAUUUCUUCCACGUGGCAGCCGUGCUGAAGGACACCAUGGUGGUCAUAGGAGGGCGAACCGAACGGGAAAAUUUCACCAACCACGUUUUCUUCUACCAGCUGAAUUGCAAUACGUGGAUCCUUCCCAACAGCACAGCUGGGGCCGUGGUGGGGGAGCCCAUCACCGAAUCCAUCGCCCACGCCAUGGCUUCUGUGGGAGGCCGCCUCUACCUCUCCGGGGGCUUCAAUGGGGUGGCCCUGGGGCGCAUGCUGGCCCUCUCGGUGCCCCACGACCCCUGCCUUAUCUUCUCCAGCCCGGAAGCUUGCAACGGCUCUAACGCCAGCUGUGUCUGGUGCCACGCCAGCUGCGUCUCCGCAGAUGCGGCUGAAAGACAAGGUUGCUCCUUUGGUGGGAUCUCCUGCUUUCCCACCCCAAGAUCUCCGGACGAGUGUCGCCGCCUCAGAACCUGUAGCGAGUGCCUCGCCCAACAUCCUCGCGCCAUGGCCCACAGCCUGGGUAUUCCCCCUUUACCGCAGUGCAAGUGGUGCACCAACUGCCCCGAAGGCGCCUGUAUCGGCAGCACCGGCAGCUGUACGUCGGAGAACGACUGCCGAAUCAACCAGCGGGAGAUCUUCGUGGCCAGCAACUGUUCCGAGAUCUCCUGUGAGGCCUCUGACUGCGCCAAGUGCACGGCGUCUGGGAAGUGCAUGUGGACCAGGCAAUUCAAGCGCACCGGGGAGACCCGUCGCAUUCUCAGCGUGCAGCCCACCUACGACUGGACUUGCUUCAGCCACUCGCUCCUCAACGUCUCCCCAAUGCCCGUGGAGUCCUCGCCUCCCCUGGCCUGCCCCACGCCCUGCCACAACCACAGCACUUGUGGGGACUGCCUCAGCUCCAAGGGGGCCGAUGGGGGCUGGCAGCAAUGUGUCUGGAGCGUCAGCCUGCAGCAGUGUAUGAGUCCAACUUACCUACCGAUGCGCUGCGCGGCCGGGAUGUGUGGCCGAGUGCUGAGUGGGUCGGAGAGCUGCGCUCCAUCCUGUUCCCAUUUCCAGCAGUGCGCUCUUUGCAUCCAGCAGCCUCGGUGCGGCUGGUGCAGCUUCCGGGGAGAGAACGGCAAAGGGCGCUGCCUGGAGGGCGGGCGGAGUGGCCCUCGCCACGGUGAGCCCCUGGGGUUUGGCUGGCGCUUUAUGGGGAGGGGGGGGAAAGUUGGCUGCAUGACUUUGGGCGGGCACCACGACUGCAACGAGACCCAGAAUUGCAGCGACCUGCCCCACAGCUACAAAUGCACCUGCAAAAAUGGCUACACUCUGGACAACAUUACAGGACUGUGCAAGCCGGUGUGCGAGCAAGGCUGUGUGAACGGGACCUGCGUGGAACCCAAUGCCUGCCAGUGCCAUUUUGGCUACGUGGGUCAGAACUGCUCGGUGGAAUGCCUGUGCAACAAACACAGCAAUUGCCGGGGCGUGGGGGCCCAGGACCAGUGCCUGCAGUGCUUCAACAACACCAUGGGACAACACUGUGAAAAAUGUCAGCCGCUCUUCGUCGGGUCGGCCCUGAACGGCGGCUCCUGUCGUCCCUGCCACGUUUUCUGCCGAGGGAACAGCAACAUGUGCAUCACGCGGGAAGAAUACAAGCAAGCUCAGCAGGAUCCGGUCCGCUUCCCCCUGGAGCCUGCCUUGAUCCCCACGUGGGUGGCCGAAGGGCCUGCAGAGGAUGCGGCGGUGUGUGUGAACUGUCAGAACAACAGCUUUGGAGACAAGUGCGAGAGCUGCCUACACGGCUACUUCCUGCUGGAGGGCAAAUGUACCAAGUGCCAAUGUAACGGCCACGCUGACUAUUGCCACGAGCUGGAUGGGACCGGGUGCCCGUGUCAAAACAACACCGAGACCGGAGGCUGCCAGAACAGCGCCCAAGCUGACAAAAAGGACUGCUACAAACAACAGUGCGCCAAAUGCCGGGAAUUCUUCCAUGGGAAUCCGGUGGGUGGCCACCAGUGCUACCGACUGAUCAUCGUCGAUCAGGAGAGCUGCUUCGACCCGACAUCCCAACUCAACUGCUUUCACGAGCCGAACAUCAAGAACUUGCUCUUUGGACGCUCGGUUUUUUUCGGCGUCCAGCCCAAAUUUACCAACGUGGACAUCCGGAUCACCAUCGAUGUGACCUUUGGCGGAGUGGACGUCUACAUCUCUACCUCCUACGAAACGUUUGUGGUGGACGUCGACCGGGCGACGGGCAUCCACCUGGUGAGGAUUGUCCCCUCGGGGGAAGAAACGCCGAUGCGCAGCAACGGGAGCCAGUCCUCCCCGCUGGUACGAGAGGCGCAGGCUCACGGCUUGAUCACUUACAUCACCGUGAGGGAGCAGCAGGGGGUGCUCAUCGUGCGGGGUGUCCGUGAUCGCGUGGUCAUCACUUACCCGCACGAGAUCCACGCCCUGAAAUCCAGCCGCUUUUACGUCAUCUUGCUGGGUAUCGGAGGCAGCAGUCCCAAUGUCACUGAGUCUCAGGGCCUGCUCUUUUUCCGCCAAGACCAGGCGCACAUCGACCUCUUCGUCUUCUUCUCCGUCUUCUUCUCCUGUUUCUUCCUCUUCCUCUCCGUCUGCGUCUUGCUUUGGAAAGUCAAGCAGUUCCUGGACUUGAGACACGAGCAACGGCGUCACUUGCAGGAAAUGACCAAGAUGGCCAGCCGGCCUUUUGCCAAAGUGACCAUUUAUUUUGAGCCGGAUAAUUUGGGGGCACCGGCUGAGUUGGUUUUCCUCCCCGCUCGCCCCCACAAACUCCCAUCCCUGGCAGCGGCCCAGCCCCUUCCCAGCCGCUUGAAACCCUAUCACGAGGUCCCCUAUCCCGUGGCCCACUUCCGCCGCUCGGAGCCCUUCCUGUCUCAUCUCAUGGGCUACUCGUACUCCAGUUUCCGAGUGGGGCCAAUCACUUUGGAGCCUACAGACGAUGGCAUGGCCGGUGUGGCGACCGUCCUCUUCCAGCUACCAGGUGGGCUGCAGGCCCCCAACCGUGCUUGCCUUGGCUCUGCUCUCGUCACCCUACGCCACAAUCUCCAGGACUACUGCAGCAGCAGCCACGGCAUCAGCAGCUCUCGCAAGGGCCUGCUCAGCCACGAGAACCUCACAAGCAUGUCCCUAUGAGUUAGUGGAGAACUCCACCCUGCCGGAGCCGAGAUGGGCUUCAGCAAUUUUCAUCUGCCUGGUGGAGGGGCUGAGAAGGGCAAAACCUUCAGGAGAGCAGGCCUGCCAAGUCUCUCUGGCUCGUACGGCGUCGCUACAGACAUCCCUGCCUGCUGGAGAUGUGUCAACCAAAUGGAAAAAAACCAGAGAUGCUCUCCGGGGCUUGUGUGCCUGCUCUGCUGCCCUCCUGCUUGGGAGGGUCCAGGGGCCAACUCAGUAUGAAUGGAUGGUAUAGGCCGCAGGGGUCUUGAACGUUAGCGACUUUACGACGUGUGGACUUCAGCUCCCAGAAUUCCUCAGCCAGCCAUGGCUGGCUGAGGAAUUCUGGGAGCUGAAGUUCACACGUCGGAAAGUCGCCAACGUUCGAGACCCCUGGUAUAGGGGAAGCAUGCAACGUGGCCCUCAGCCUAGCUCAUAAUGUCUGUGUUUCCCCAACAUGCUUAACCAAGUCCUAGUGUCCACGUUGGUUGGUGCAACAUGCUCAGCUUGGUUAGUAUUCACUGGUAGCCCUUCUGUGUCUUCAUACGUGUGAACCCCACCCCCUUCGUUCAGCUGACGUUUCCGUACAGGGUGGAAACCCAGAGAACGAAUCAGUUCCACAGUUUCCACCGAGCAGAUUGUGUGAAGGUAGCCUGCGAUCCAGCUCCGGGCCAGGCUUCUCCAAAAGAAGUGUAGAGUGUAGAGAUGGAGGAAGGACAAAGUUUCGGCUUGAUUGUUCCCGGUUUUGCUUUUCCAGCGCCGCGUAGAGAAUCUGCUAGAUCUCAAAUCGCUUGCUUUCUACCCGGUGUUGCCGCAGAUCAACCAGAACUAUUGGCUGUCCCACUCCGCAGACACUACAAAUCCCGAAACACUUUUUAAAGUCGUUGGCCGGCAAUACUUUUCUUCGGUCAGAAGUUUGAGAAGGAGUAAACUUGGUGCGGAAUGAAUCAUGUCGCUCUGGAGCGUGGAGGAGCAGGAACAAUCUCCUGAAGAAAUCAGGGAAAAGCACGUUGGGCAAUCCCUCCGCCCGGCCUGUGGUUUUGUUAACAUUAAUGAGCUUUUGUGCUGGUAGACGUCUCCCUUGCAAAUGGGAAGAAGCAGCAGAAAAUGUCCCUUUGAUGCCUGGCAGAUAAUCGUGCUUUGGGGUUUUGCCUAGCCUCUUGAUCUUGAAGGGCUGGUUUGUCGCAACGCUGGGCGAGCUGUCGCGUGGUGAUUAAAGUCGUUAAUCCCAUGCUGGAUGGGAGCGGAUGAAAGCGUGUUUAUUGCAAGCAGCUAAACUGACCAGAAUUAAGGAGCUAUGCUGUUUUUCGUAUCGAGGUGCCCUCGACGCUGCUGCGGGGGUGUGUGUCCAGGUGAUGGAAGGCAGCAGGAAGAUGUGGGGUGGAGGGUUGCUUUCACUUCGGGGUUAUUGCCUCCAGCUGCAUUCCCUGUGUGGCUGCUGCUGUCUCUUGUUUUAAGCCCCCCCCCCUUUUUUUUUUUGGCUCCAUCCGAUGUUGUCAUUCCUUCCCGACAGGUAAGUUUCUCUUCGCUGGUUAAUUGUGAAGGAGGGCUCCAUGGAUUCCAAGAUGGCUUAACAGUGAUCUUUCAACUCGCGCGCCAUCUGGCACGUGGCACAAGGGCAGCAACAGCAGAUAGCCAGACAAUCAUGGCACACAUCCCCCUGGGAAAGAAGGGGGAAAAAUAAUAAUAAUAUCAGUAUUUCUCAAUCUUGGGAACUUUCAGAUAGGUGGACUUCAACGCCCAGAAUUCCCCAGCCAUCUCUGCUCUGCUGGCUGGGGAAUUCUGGGAAUGUAAGUUCUCGAGGUUGAAGGACAGUACUAUGAAUUACCCAGUGCAACAUCUUCUAUUUAACUUAUGCUCUAUGGUAGCUGCACCUUCCCAAUUCUAACCGUCUCUGAUUCAAAAUAAACGACAAAAAAACCAACCAACCAAUCUCCUUUUUUUCUGGCUUCAACUUUUCAUUUUUAAAAGAUCCAGCGAACUGUCUCCACGGCAAAAUGAGAGCUC